CAACAGUUGUUUAAGGUUAUGACAUUACAUAAAAUGUGAAAUCGGGGAAUUACACACUCGGCGAAAUCCAUUAAAUCACCCUCAAGAUGAGCGCAGAAAACAGAUCUCUGCUGCGGAACACCUUGGUGGCAUCCGUGGGCAUCGGCCUGGUGUACAUAAUGGCGAGAUACAGGCGGGAUGUGGUGAGGAAGUGGAGAAGUGUCUGGACGUCAAAUCCUCUGCAGAGUCAGACGAUCGAAGUGGUAAACAAUGUGGAGCAGUGCCAGAGAGUUGUGGAGAUUCUCAAGAACCACUGUCGGAAGUUCCAGGUGCUGGGAUUCGAUUGCGAAUGGGUGACAGUGAAUGGCGUCCGGCAUCCGAUUGCGCUGCUGCAAUUGGCGUCGCACAGCGGCUUGUGCGCCCUGUUCCGGCUCAGUCACAUCCGGGGCAUCCCGGCGGACUUGCGGGAGCUGCUGGAGCGCGAGGACAUCAUCAAGGUGGGCGUGGCGCCCAAUGAGGACGCCAGAUUGCUGUGCGCGGACUAUUCUGUGCACGUGGCGAGUGUGCUGGACUUGCGGAGCAUGGCGAAUCUCGUGGGCGAGCAGCCGCUGGGACUCAGCAAGCUGUCACAGACGUUCCUGGGCAUCGAGCUGGACAAAGACUGGCGCCUGAGGUGCUCAGACUGGGCGGCGCCAGAGCUGGACGCCAAGCAAUUGCAGUACGCCGCCAAUGACGCCUUCGUGGCGAUUGAGCUGUUCAAGUACUUCUCCCGCAGGAUCUCUCCCCGCCGCAGUCUGUCCUUCUGGGGCGCUGGCCAGAGUCUGCAGGACACUCUGAGCAUCUGCUCGCCCUUCAUCGACAUCUCGUUCAAGUACAAGAGCGGCGAAUCGCCACGAAAAGAGGCGCGAAGGAGUCUCCGGAAGAAGCCUUCAGAGGAUGCGAGCGUGACGAAGGAGAGCAAGAGGAUGUUCUCCACCAGAUCUCGGCCGCUGUACUACAAUUGCUUCAUGCAGGCGCCGGAUGGCGAGCUUCUGUGCACGAUGGACGUCCGGAAGGCGGACUGGUACAUCGCCAAGGGGCUCGCCGUGCUGGUGAAGCAGGAGCCCUACACGGUGCAGCUCACGUUCGAGCCCUCCGGACGCGCCGAGGGCAACGUGGGCGACUUCGACAAGCAACUGAAGGUGAAUCAGUGCGUCGUCUGUGGCCACAACGAGUCCUACAUCCGGAAGUACGUCGUGCCGCGUGAGUACAGAAAGUUCUUCCCGAAGAUCAUGAAGAGCCACUCCAGCCACGACGUGCUGCUGCUCUGCACGCCCUGCCAUCAGCGCAGCAGCCGACACGAUCUGGACCUCCGUCAGCGACUGGCGCAGGAAUGCAACGCGCCUCUCGAGGCGGAUCCCGAGGGAUCAAAGUUCCAGGAGGACUUUGACCUGAAGAAAAUCAAGUCACUCGCCUUGGCGCUCACGGAGCGCCGACAAUCCAUCCCGGAGGCGAGAAUCAGAGAGAUUGAACGCAAGAUUCUGGAGCGUUUUCCCGCCUGGACGGAAGUCACGGACGACAAACUGCUGGAGAUCCUGAUGAUGAAGACGCUGGUGCCCAAUUCCGCCUUCCGGCCGCACGGAGAGAUCGUCGUGGAGCACUUCAAGGCCGCCGCGGGAUUGCUGAGCCUGGAGAAGCUCUGGCGAGAGCACUUCCUGACCACCAUGAAGCCCAGCUUCCUGCCUUACUACUGGUCAGUGACGCACAACCACGAGCGACUGGAGAUUAAGGCUGGCCGCGGACACGUGGAUGUGGACGAUCUUGCAAUCGCAGGGAUGGAUUUGGCGGAUAAUCCUGAUGUUCUUCCUGGACAUUGAAGAUGUCUGAAUAAAGAGGUUUAUUCACGUUAA